AUGGUAUUCUUGAAAGUUGCUCUGAUGAAGGGUGUGAUGAGAUUUGGGGAGAAGGGGAAGUUAAGUCCCAGAUUUUUUGGUCCAUUUGAGAUCCUAAAACGCAUUGGUAAAGUUGCCUAUGAGUUCGCCUUACUGCCUACACUUGUAGGACUGCAUAAUGUGUUUCAUGUUUCUAUGCUAAGGAAGUAUAUCCCAGACCCUUCUCAUGUUUUGAACUAUGAGCCACUCAAGAUCAAAGACAACUUGACUUAUGAGGAAGUCCCAAUUCCAAUUCUUGACCGCAAGGAUCAAGUGCUACACACCAAGACCAUAUUAUUGGUUAAAGUCCUUUGGAAGAAUCACACAGUAGAGGAGGCAUCUUGGGAGCGAGAAGAUGAGAUGAAAUCAAACUAUCCAAAGUUGUUCGUUAAUGAAGGAGGGCCACAAUUAAAUGGAUUUAUUUGA